CACUGACGCACGUGACUGGUGGAUGAUCAUGGUGACCUUUCUGUGACCUAUCUCUUAUUUAUUAAUUUGUUGCAGUUGUCAUGAUUGUGUUCAUCCAAAUUUUUUUGAACUAGAUGCGAAGAGAAUCAUUACCAAUGCGUGUUAGAAGACGUCAAUCUGACGCCAAAUGGAGGGCCAGUGUUGCUACUUGCUAUGAAACACUUAAACAUGUUAUACCAGAUUGUGAUAAAAUAUCAAAAAGGAAAAUUUCAAAGGCCUUGAUUUUGCAGGAAACAGAGAAGCAUAUAAAUAAUUUAGAAAAUGUACUUUCAGACAUACUAUCUAAUAAAGCUCGGUCUAGAGGUAAAGUUGUUUUAUAUCAGACAGAAAAGGGACUUGUAGAAGCUAACAUGGAUGAUGUACAGCAAGACCUUGUCUUUAAGCAGCAGAAUAUGUAUCUUCAGAAUUUUGGACAAAGAAAGAGAAGUAACAUCCCAUCAGAUAUAGAAACAGGGAUUAUCAACCUCAGAUCCACAUACUGUCCUCUGACUGUAUUACCUACUGAAUGUCUACAACAACAAGUUGUUCCAAGUACACCUAAUGAUGAACCAAAUACCAGGCAGUUAGAAGAGAACAGAGAAAAUAUAUUUAUACCAGGCUUUAAUCCUAUUGUAAAACCCACAGAAAGAGUUCAUCUAACACAUUUUCCAUUUGAACAUCUCCAGACUGUUCCUCAACAGGUAUCAUUGCUGAAAACUCCAGUAAAAUCGAAGUCAAGAACAGAUCAUGCUUCAUCAUGUGUCAAGAACUUUGAAUAUCAUGCUCCAGGGGAAGUAACUCCAAAUAAAGCUUAUUCUUACUUAUCUAGGACACCAAAGAAUAGUCAUAAACAUCAACAUUACAAAACACCAGGCAGAAUUUCAACAAAGUUGAAACCUGAAACUUGCAGUAGAUUUACUCCAGUUAAACUUCAAGGAGAACUGGAUCAUGGUACACCUCAACAGCUUCCAAGUGUACCCACUGGUUUUACUCCCAUAAAACUUCCCACAGAGUUUGGUACACCAAGUCAGUUUUCAGAUGUCCCAUCAGGAUAUACUCCCAUCAAAAUGACAGUGGAUUCCAUGUUACCUGAAUCACCGUUCACAUCUAUUUGUAUGAAGUCUUUAAGUCCUGAUAGUAAGGAACGUCUUGACCAUGAGUAUGCAUGGUCAGAGCAGAUGGGAUUGACCAGUUUGUUAUGUGAUGAGACAAUCGAUCACAUGGAUCUUGGAGACGAAGAUGAUUUAGCUGAGAAAAAUUCCAGGACACCUCAAAACAGUAUUAAACCAAAGGAGCAAAGACAUAAAAUAGCUGAGAAAGGCAAGAAGUUCAGAUCAUUGUCAAGUUCAUCAAGUGGAGGUAACUCUGUCCAGACAAGCCACUCUGGAGGAAAGGGUAGAAAUACAGAGGCCAAAUGUAGAAGGCAAUUAGAAAAGUGCUUCACAGCAGAAAAAGACAGUCUGCCAGUGAUUACGGGUGUUUUUGAUAAUACUGAUACAAAUUGCCUAGAUUUUGAUGGAUAUUUCCUGUUCUAUCAAUUUGUAGCGGGUGAUACAGAGGAGACAUUAAAAGGUGAAAUGGCCAGUGAGGUAUCACAGAUGUGGAAAGAAAUGCCAGACGACACAAAAGAUACAUUUAUUGCCAUGGCAGCAUUAGAAGGGUCACAAUCAGAUUCAAGUCACCUUAGCGACGACCUUAUAGAACUUGAUGUCAAACCUUUUGAUAAAGAUAAUGAUGAUGUUCACCAGACAUUCCACAAUGAUGUUCACCAGACAUUCCACAAUGAUGUGCACCACACAUUCCAAAAUGAAGAAGUUAGAGCCAAUCAAGUUAUGUUUUCAGUCAAACAAGAACCACAAAUUCUCCUUCCACAAAGACCUAUUCCAAAAUCUUAUCGUUUCCUUUUACCAGAACAUAAUGUGCAAGAAGUUCCACUUGGUAGAGUUGUCUUACCUAGGUCAUCUGAGCAGAUCUUAGUUCCUGAGAUUUCUGAACAGGUGACAGUUCCAGACACCUCAGAAGCAGCAGUUGUUCCAGAAUUCACAAUGAACAAACCAUAUUAUACUUUGAGUAAACCAGUUAUGCAAAUGGAUCACAUGAUAGCACAAAAUGUUGAGGUUUCUGCAGAUAUGGGAGAUUUUCAGAUGGUACCAGAAAGUCAGUUAUGUCACUUUGACAGAACAAGGGCCAAUGACCUUGGGUUCAUUUCAUUAUCAAAUGAGAACAGUAUGAAUGAAGAGUUCCAACACGUGUUUAGUCCACAGAUUACAUCAGAAGAUCUGACAGAAUGGAAAGGACAGAUAGUGCCAUUAGUUUGAUUCAUAGAAAUGUUAAUUUGAAUAUGAAAUAAUAAGUUGUACAAUAUAAUGAUAUACUAAUUACUAAGUGCCAUUAGUUUGAAUUGAUUAAUUCAUAGAUAUGUUUGAAUAUGAAAUAAUAAGUUAUAAUAAUAGUUAUGAUAUGCUAAGUGGAAAUGUGUUAUAAUACUGACUCAUGGCAAUUUAAAAAAAAAAUAUUGAUUAUCUCCCUUCAUUAGUUGUACAGAACUGUUCAAAGUUGAUCAUGAAAUUUUGUUAAAGGUUGUGAAUUUGUCAAAUUUUCUCAUUAGGGCUUUGAAAUUAUUUUGUUUUGUGAAGUGGAGACAGGGGCGGGGUUUAGAGGUAUUGUAUAAUCAACCAUAUCAUUAAUAGAACUUUAAAAGUCAAUCUGACCAAAUGCUUUUUCAAAGAGUCUUUCCUUCACCAAUGACUUGCACUUUUAUUUCAAGUUCUUUAUUAUAAAUCUUUCCUCUGAAGUUUCUUUUACAGACAUGUCCAAUAUGGCAAAAAAAAAGACAAGAUAACACAAAAUAUAUUAAUAAUGAAAAAAAUAAAAUUAUAAUUAUGAAAAAUUGUUCAUUUUUUGUAAGGACUUAUAGAUUGUGAUAGGAUUAUUUUGUAAGCUAUAAUAGAUUGAUCAGAGUUAUGAUAUUGAUGUAAAGAUUGUGUCUGAAUAUGUUGUAUUUUAUGAAGUUAAUGAUCAUGCAAAAUUCCCCUGUGGAUGUUGAUUUUAUUAAAACUUAAUUUGUUACCUGUUGUAUCAAGUAGAUGUGGUAGUUUGUUUGUUGAUGCUAGUUUUAUAAAACAUCUGAAAUUAUUCUUGUAAAUGAUCGUUAGUAAGAGGUUAUUUUCAGGUCUAAAUUUAAGAUGAUUUACAGCUCUUCUAUAAAAGCAUGCAAUGCAAAGCAUUGAUUAACUUGCUCGCUUUGUUUGUUUGUAUUAUGUUUGUAAACAACAGAUAGGUAGUUUGUUUACUAUUUACUGGAAUUUGAUUGAGCAAUAAACAUUAACUUCAAUUCAUGUCCAAUCAAAUCCCAGUAUAUAUUGAAACUCUGCUUUCCUAUUGUUUGCAAACAUCCAAGCAAGUUGACCAAAGUUUUGUUUUGCAUGCUUUUAUAGAAGAGCUGUAAAACUGAAUAAGACUUUUAGAAGGAUUAUAAAAGUUGGAAUGCAUUGUUUUCAUUAUGAAGAAGUUUACAGGUAAAAAUAUGCUAGAAUGCUGAGGAAAUAUGUUGAAAAUCAGUUUUUAUAAAGGGAUACUAAAAUUGCACACAGGUAUGUGCAGGUCUAAUUAAGAUAAUAUGUUAGAGGUCCGUAUGAUAAGAUCUGCAAAGUUUGACAUCCUUAACGGAACUUGCAUAGUUAACAUUUCCAUUUUCAUAUGAACCCCUACCAAAUCAGAGUUCUUGAAACCUUUUUCCCUGGAGGUCCUUGAAGAAAAUUGUCAGGUCUUCACUAUUAUUUCUAUUUCAAAAUACCAAAAUUGUAUCUGUCCUAGCAAAAAAAAAUUUUGUUAAAACCUUCUGACAACCUCUUUUUGAGAACACUGCUCCAUAACAAUUAACUUGAAUUAAACUUUUUUUUUCAAAAGAUUUAUGUAUAGGUUGUAUCUCGUACUUAACAGCCUCUUUGAAUAGUAAGGACUGAAGUUUCAUUACAUAUUAGGUACCAAGUAAUAUAACUCUUGUCUAGUUUAUAUCAGACAUUUAAUGAAAGUAAAAUAAAUUGGAAACAAAAAAUCAUACUUAAUCAACCUUCUCCAGAUUUACAAUGUACAAAAGUAAAAUAUUGAUAUGAUGAUGCUGUAUUUAGAAGUGUACAUUAAUACCUUAUGUUUUAUUAGUCUGGGCUGAUAUGCAUAAAACCUCUUAAGCU